GUGGCGGCCGCUGUUUUGAAAUCAGACCGCCGGAGUGUCACAAGCUCCUGCUCAGGCCGAGGCCGGCGGCCGCCCACCGUCGGGCGGACCCCCAGACGCCUACUUUCCAGGCCUGCUGACCUGACGCCGCUGCCACGCCAUGUCCACCCCUCCGUUGGCGGCGUCGGGGAUGGCGCCCGGGCCCUUCGCCGGGCCCCAGGCCCAGCAGGCGGCCCGGGAGGUCAACACCGCCUCGCUCUGCCGGAUCGGGCAGGAGACGGUCCAGGACAUCGUGUACCGCACCAUGGAGAUCUUCCAGCUCCUGAGGAAUAUGCAGCUGCCAAAUGGUGUCACUUACCACACUGGAACCUAUCAAGACCGGUUAGCAAAGCUACAGGACCAUCUUCGCCAACUUUCUAUUCUCUUCAGGAAGCUGAGAUUAGUCUAUGACAAGUGCAAUGAAAACUGCGGAGGGAUGGAUCCCAUUCCAGUAGAGCAACUUAUUCCUUACGUGGAAGAAGAUGGCUCAAAGAAUGAUGACCGGGCCGGCCCACCUCGUUUUGCUAGUGAAGAAAGGCGAGAAAUUGCUGAAGUUAAUAAGAAACUCAAACAGAAGAAUCAACAGCUGAAGCAAAUUAUGGAUCAAUUACGAAAUCUCAUCUGGGAUAUAAAUGCCAUGUUAGCAAUGAGGAACUAAACUGACAUUUAAAUUUCCGGCUUUACACACGUUAUACCAUUUUUUUUCCCUCAAGUAUUUUUUCCCUUUGAAGAAGAUUAUUUAUUACCUGCUUUCAUUCUAGUCACUAGAAUGAAAGUUUCUAUGUUUUACACUGUGGUUUUACAUUAAAGUAUUCACUGGUGUUUUUUCUUUACGCUAUUGAUUCUGUGAAAGAUUACUGUAAUAAACGUUGAUGGGGUUUUUUGUUUUUGUUUUUUGGUUAAUCUUCAUAAAUGGAAUAAUUGUUUUUUAAAAGCAAAAUAAUUAAGUUUUGUAAAUAAAUUUCUAAAUUCGAUCAAUGAUUGUUUUGUUCAUUUCACUACCCUUUUAGGAGAGAAUGAAAGGUUUAAAAAAUAUCAAGUUCACUCCAUCUGUGGUAUAAAUUAAACGUAUAAGUUGCCAUUUCAGCUCAAUUUUGAAAAUUCAGUUUGAGUCCCAAAGAAGUGAGUGAGAAAACUGUUAACUUGU